CAAUCCGGUCCGGCCCCGACUUUUCCCUUCGAUUUCAUUCUCUCGCAUCUCCUCUAUUUGCGUUGGUGACGCCAGGGCUCUUGAAAACUGUAAUUUCCAAUGGCAGCCAUCAUGGCGCCUGAGAAUCCCCUGGUCAAGGGCGCACCCAGUGCUCAGCAUGCCCCUUCGACUCUCUGCUUGAGGAAGUCAGGUCGGCCCUUGUCGACCUCACCUUCUGCUGCCGAGCUGCAGGAUAAGUUGGACGGGUUGAGGGACGAGCGUUCAACGCCUUCGACAGACAAGAGAGUCCCCUCCCCUUUGCACGGCAGGGAUGCCAAGGCCGACCCCAAUGGCGCUGAUACCCGAAGCGACUCGGGAUACGCGUCCUUAGCCUCCUCCCUGUCACCCGAGGCGCAUCCCAGCAGGAGCCUGGCCGACCGCGCCGGGCUCCCUGACAGUCAAUCUGGCGCGUCGGUCCCAAAGUUCUUGGACAAGCCUAUUCCGCAGGAGCUGCGGGACCGCUUCUUCGAUCUGAAGAUGCUGUACUCGGAUCCUCUGUGGAAGGCCGUUUCCAAGAACAAGGCCAACCCCGGCGAUAUGUCCAUGAAGCUCAAGUACAUGGGAGACGACCAACGCGAUGCACAGCUCUGCAUCAUAGUUCACUGCGAAAAGGGGGUUUCCAAGAGAGUGAAGAAGUUCUUUGCCCAAGAGCAUGUACGGGAAGACCUUAGCCCGGACUUCCAGGUGCGCGUUAUCAACAAGGGCAUACUCAGACUCGCAGCGUCGAACCCGGUCGCAGUAUAUGGCGGCUCUACUCACAGGACCACAUUGUGUGGUACGGCCAUCGAGGUGAAGGGCGAAAGAGGCUCUUCCUUUGCUACGAUUGGCGGGCUUAUCAUGGCUUCGAUGAACGACACGACGACCAUUUACGGCCUUACGGCUGGCCAUCUGAUCGCAGACGUCUUCGAGGGCUGCCCUGAGAGUCCACCGUCGCUGGAAGAAGACGAGGGCGAUGAGUCCGAUCAAGAUGUGCCCGAGGACGACGACUUCAUCCAGCUUCUGGAACUCAAUGACUCGAGUCUUGAUCAUGACGACUUCUCUUCCACGGAUCAGAAGUUGUGCCAUUUGGGAACAAUCCAAGACUUUUGUCUUCCAUCCUCCUCCAUGCGGAAGGCAAACCGCGACUGGGCCCUCAUCUCUAUUACACCCAAAGAGUGGCUUCCUAACUUCCUCGCCGCGACGUCGCAUCAAAGGGAGGUUGGCGAGUCGCGGAAAGGAGAGACGGCAGACGAACAACCGCCAAAUAGGAAUAUGUUUUGCAGCCCAGGGACGCCAAGUCUUUCCUCCCCUCAAAGAGUCGUCAUCAUGACCGCCCGAGGUCUCCAGCAGGGCACACUGAUAGCCAACCAUUCCUCCCUCCUGAUGAUGCCUGGAGAAUUAUUCGUCAAUACUCUUGAUUUUUUGCCAAGUACGGGGUCGAGACUACGGCCCGGAGACUCUGGAUCCUGGGCCGUCAACGAAAGCACGGGCGAGAUCUUUGGCCACGUCGUGUCGGUUGAUGCGUUUGGCGAGGCCUACGUGAUGCCAAUACAGGACACGCUGCAAGAUAUUCGGUCUCAUCUCCAAGCACAGCACGUUGGACUCCCUCGCCAAUUGGACGUCACGCUUCUUCGCGAACAACACCAAAACACAUCCCCUGUCACGAUCCCAAGACAGCGUGGAGCCUGCGAGCAGGACCAAGACUUCAUAGGCAUGGGGGCCAGCCACAACCCCUCCUCGGCUCCCGCAGCUGCUACGGACCACGCUGUGAUGACAUGGCCUCAUUUUCAGGCGAGGAGUGCCUCGGAAGCAUCAUUGCUUGGAUACACCGACCCCUUCUUGGCGGCUGCAUACCCCCACGCCUUCACCUACCCGAUGAUGGAAUCUGACAGCGCAAGAUCCAACCAGUCCCUCCACACCAAAACCACCCUAUCUGGACAGAAUCAGAACGCAGAAAUCCAGCUUCGACCAAAACCAGCCGUCGAAGGCUAUAAGCAAGAGCCGACUGGACCCCUAGCACCCAAGGCCGCGUACCAGCGUCCGAAGCACCCCAGGGUCAAGUGCCUCCAGUGCAACGAGCACCCUGAUGGUUUCCGUGGCGAACACGAGCUGCGCCGACACACCGAGGCCAAGCACGAGAGCAUGGUAAAGAGGUUCAUCUGUGUAGAGCCCAGCCAGGAUACUAGUAUCAUGCCGUUCAAGCCACUCGCCAGCUGCAGGCAGUGUCAGGCUAGGAAACAGUACUACACCUACUACAAUGCCGCCGCACACCUCCGACGGACACACUUUAGGCAGAAGCCGCUGCACAAGGGCGCCGUAGCUGGUAACAGCAGCAACGGCGCGGAUGAGAAACGUGGCGGUAAGGGAGGCGGCGACUGGCCGCCGAUGGCCGAGCUUAAGUACUGGACGACGGUUAUCACAGUGCCGUCCAGUGACGCCAGCGCUUUUGUGGCCGACGACAAGUCGACAGGCGUUGCUGAGCAGGAAGGCAUCGAGCCUGAAUAUUACCCUGCGCGUAUAUUCAGUGCCCAUACCUCAUCAGCGUUCUCAACAUCCACGUCUGAAGACAAACUUGGUCACUCUACCGACAUGUCUGCCGUCGCGGGUGUGGGAGGUGGCUAUGACGCAGACCUUCAGGACAUGGGAGUCAUGCGGCCCGCCAUGUCCACCCCAAGUAUGGACAGUAACAAGUACACAUCUCCCGUGCCAUGAACAGCCACCAUCACCCCGACGGGCUACGUCGAAGCGCCGGGGGAUGGUUUGUCCGACAUGCCCUUUGGGAUGACGUUCUCAAUGCCCUCCUAAUGGCCCACCGCAUAGAGGGGGAGUUUCGUGCGGCGUGGGUUGUUUGGGUAUGGGCAUCUUGUUCAGCUCUCCCUUCCUCCUGUCUCGAGGUCGAUCUUCAUACAGAACGUUAG